UUCUCUCUGCACGUGUUUCCCUCUCGUGUUUUUCUCUACACGAGUUUAGUGAAGGCGAGCAUGGUGGACCCUGAUAGCGGCCCGGUUCGGCCCGCUGUGGCUGAUCCGGACGGUGUUCUGAAGCGGAGCCGGGAGCUGCUGGACCUGUUCUGGGAAAUCGCCAAACCCGAGAGAGAAGCGCGACUUCAGGCUGCCGAGAAACUGGUGGAACAGCUGAAGAAGAGUGGAGAGUCGGAUGAGUUACAGUAUGUGGUGAAGAGGCUGGUGAAUGGACUGUCUCAUGCACGAGAGCAUGCUCGCACUGGCUACAGCGCCACACUGGCACAGGUGCUCAGUGUGUUUGAUGAACUUCCACUUAAAAGCACACUUGAUCAGAUCAAAGAAAAACAUGAUCUACAAACAGCCAAUAAGAAACAAAUCAGAAAUGUGGCGUUUGGGAAUUUUUUUGGCGUGCUCGCGCUGUCUCAGUCCACACGGUUGCACAAGGAGCCGCAGGUACUGCUGGAGUGUAUUAAGCUGCUCCAGACUCUGUCUCAGUACAGAGAACACCUGAGAGAACUACCCAGGAAGACCAUGGUGGACAUUCUGAGUGAGACUUCAGAGGAGGUGUUUGAGGAGGUGCUGUUUAAAGCACUGCAGACUGAUUUGACCUCUGCCCUCAGCAGCCCAGAACAGUUGGAGCUCCUCCUGGUGGCCAUGCAAAAGUUUCCCUCAGUCAUCAAACCGGCCAAACUGAAGAAACUGGUGGGGACUGCAAGCGUCAUCAACAAAAACACCCUGCCACGGUUGGUUCAGGUGUUGAAGACGGCCGCUCGCUCGGUGAAGAAGGAGAACGUGUUGCCGACGGUGGCUCUGGACCUGCUGCAGAUGUCUCUGAGGGAGGACAGCUUUGAGCUCUUCUGGAAGGAGGCCGUAAUCAGCGGAUUACUGUUAGACCCUGCAGGCCCCUGCCAUUAUCUGGUGUUCAGGCUGUUCGGUGCGGCUCUGCCGAUGCUUUCUGUGUCCCAGCUGAAAUUUGUUCUGUCUGGAGAAGUGAUGAGACGCUAUGGGGAGCAUGUGCUCUCUGCUCAGCUGCCUGACCGGUUUAAGUUCUCCCCGGAGAUGGACGUGUUGGUGAACUCCUUCAUGCAGAGCUGCAAAGAGCCGGAGAAGCAGCUGACUGUGGUCCUGGCCUUCACCCAACUCACAAACCAGGGCUACCCUGUCGUGCCAUCCUUCUGGAAGGUUCUGGAGCACAUGAAUCCCACAGCUUUGAAGACGUAUGUAGAGUGGCUGAAGGAGGCGUUCUGCAGACCACAGCUGGACAAAUGCCUGGAGUUCAGCACCCGCAAACAGAGGGAGGGUCAGGAGACCGCUGUCAAGCCUCAAUCAAGUGUGUUUCGUUUCCGGAAAUGGAUCAUUCCCAGACUCACCUCCAUCGUGGACAACCAACAGAUUAAAAAAGACGAGGAGCUUGUUAUGAGCAUUGCCAGGUUCAUCUUCUUCCAUGCUUUUUUCAACACUAAAAAGGCCACAGCGUCGAUACCAGAGACAAAGCGCUCUCUCUCGGAGCCAAUCGACCAAAACACACGCACCGUCAUCAGCAACUCCUUCAUUAGUCUGCUGCAGCAUCUGAACGUUCUGCCUGUUCUGGAGGGCUCUGCUGAAGCUGGAGCUCUGGAUAAGCGCCGGACGCUGGGCGUGAUGACCGAUGGAUCUAUGUGGGUGUAUCGCCUGGUGGAGUACGCAGACAUGCUGCUGAAACAGAACAAAUACGUACAGAGCGUUCACACCUUCACUGAGGAGCACACAGAGGCCUGGGAGAGCAUGCUGCAGUCAGUAGAAGCACUAAUGAAGAAAACGAAGAAAUCUCCUGCUCCACAGCACACAGCAUUCCAGCACCUUUUCCUCAUCAUCGGCAUCCAGAUAUUUAAGACUCCAGAAGACAGUGUGGAGUUGCUGAAAGAUCUGCAGAGCUGCAUGGAGAAAGCACAGGCGAAGAAAUCCAAAAAGAAGAAAAAGGAAACGGAUGGUGAGCAGGAGCCUCACUGGGUGGAGGUCGUGGUGGAGAUCCUGCUCUCUCUGCUCUCUCAGCCGAGCCGACUCAUCCGCAGCGUGUGUAAAACAGCCUUCGGCCGCCUCUGCCCUCACCUCACCCAGCCUGCCCUCACCGCUAUACUGGACGUUCUGGAUCCUAACAAAGAUGACGAGGAGAGCGGUGUGAUAGUAACACAAGAGAAAGAUGAGAAGAUGGAGGAAGAAGAAAACGAGGAAGGUGAAAAUGACAAAGACGCUGGUGAUGGAGAGCAAGAAGGAGAGGAUGAAGAUGAAUCUGGCUCAUCGUCUGAUGAUGAUGAAGAUGAUGAUGAAGAGGAUGAAGCAAUGGAGGAAGAGCAGGAGGAAGUGGAUCAGAAUUUCCGUCUGGAGCUGAUGAAGGUUCUUCAGGGGCAGAACGCUCUGGCCACUGAAGAGGACAAUAGCAACGAUGAGGAGAUGGAUGAUGAGGCCAUGUUGAAUCUGGAUAAAAGCCUGGCGACACUGUUUAGUGAGCAGAAGAAGAAGCUGCAGGCCAAAAAAGACGAGAGGGAGCGACUGCGCAAGGAGAAAACACUCGUCCGGGACUUUAAGAUUAAAGUGCUGGACCUGGUGGAGGUGUUCCUGGUUAAGCAGGGCAGCAGUGCUCUGGUUUUGGGGAUGGUGGAGCCUCUGCUCAGUGUAAUCGAGAACGGCAUGAGUUCUGACAGCGAACAGCAGGAAGUGGAUUUCUUACGCAGAACCGCAGAUAUCUUCAGAAAUCAGCUCUGUCGUGGGAAACAGUACUGCAGAGAUGUGGAAGGGCGGGAGGAGGAGCUUCAUGAGAUGCUGGAGCGUCUGAUUGGUCGAGCACAGAAGCUGCAUGAAUCCUCAGUGGCGCUGUACUAUUUCAGUGCCGCACUUUAUGUGGUUAAAGUGUUACGCGGUGUAAAGAAAGAAACAGAUGCUACACCUACAGUUGAGGAGAGGAGUAUGGGAAAGGCUGAUGUAGAGAGGGUGACUCGCAGUUUCAGAGACGCUCUCACUUCAUUUAUGACCCGACGGAAAAGCCCCCUUACUGGGGAUAUGUUCAUCGACCUCUUCAACAGAUUUCCGGUUCUGUGUGUUCACCUUUUGGACACUGCAGUGGAGAACAUCACAGCAGGAGUGAGAGAACAUCAGCAGGGCCAGGCGUGUGUGAUGGUGCUCAGAGCUCUACAGUGUAAAGACGUGAAGCAGCUGAUUCCUGCAGCUCAGUUCACCCAACUGUGCCUAAAAACAGCACAGCAGCUCUCACAGUGUCUCAACAAAGUGGAGAGCAAGAACAAAGCUGUGCAUGAGAAAACGGUGAAGGCUCUGGAGCUCUGCCACUGCUUAGUCAAAACGAUUCACACACAGAAGCUGGAGGUAAAUCUGGAUGCUCUCCAGAACUCCCUAAACUCCAUGAACGCUGACGGGAGCCUGCAGAAGACUGGAAAGCUGGAGGACACGUACUGGAGCGUUAUGAACCUCUUCGGCAUUCAAAAACCAAAAGUGGAGAAGGUGAAGGAAGUGGCGGAGGAGCAGAUGGAGCAGGAGUCACCAAAGAAAAAGAAGAAGGGAUUCCUCCCAGAGACCAAGAAACGUAAAAACCGCAAGAAGCCACAAGUAUUGGAGGGCAAAGAUGCUGCAGUCGCCACAGAAGCAGUGAAUGAGGGAGGUGUGGAAGGAGGGAAGAAGAAAAAGAAGAAGAGAAAGAAUAAGAAGAGGAAAGGGGGUGGUGGAGUAGAGGCUCAGGAUCAGCCUCCAGUCAAAAAGGCCAAAACUGCUGACCAGCCAUCACAGAGCAAGAAGAAGAAGAAGAAGCAGAAACAGGCUGCAGGGAGUCAGGCCAGCGCAGAGUGAUGGAACUCAGAGGCAGUCGUUAAGACUGAACACAGGAACUCCAGAUUCUUACAUCCCUGUGUUUACACAGGCCAUAGCUCACGCUGUAAAGAGCAUGGUUCAGGCUUUAAGAGGAUCUCCAUCAAUAUUACAAAUACUGCAUGUUUUCUGUGUAAUUCAGUGUUUUACGGGUGAACCCAGAGUGGAGGUUUGUUUAAAAUUGAGGUUCACUGUAAAAAAUCU